ACUAGAGAAAGAUAAAGACAUGAACAACGGAUCCUUAUUUUGAAAGCAUAUACCAUAAAUCAUUUUCAUAAUCUCAUCACUUCACUUUAUUAUAAAGCGUAGUAGAAGUAACUUACCACAAAAAAAAAAAUAAAUAAAACAACUCUUCACUAUUACUACUUCUCAAUUCUUAUCUAAUCACCGACCACCGGAGAUGAAUCUCCGGCGACUCCCUUUCUCUCUUUUCCUCUUCCUCUACCUCCUCCUCUCCCCCACCGCCGCCGACCAAACCCUCCACCGCAAAAAACACAAAAUCUCCGGCCCAAUCAAAACCGUAGUAGUCAUCGUCAUGGAAAAUCGUUCCUUCGACCACGUCCUCGGUUGGCUCAAAUCAACCCGACCCGACAUUGACGGACUAACCGGAACCGAAUCAAAUCCAAUCAAAGUCUCAGACCCUUCUUCCCCCAAAAUCCCCGUCUCAAACGACGCCGUUUUCAUCGACUCCGAUCCCGGUCACUCAUUUCAAGCCAUACGAGAACAAAUAUUCGGAUCCAAUGAAAGCUCCGCUAACCCGGCUCCAAUGAACGGUUUCGCUCAACAAGCCGAACAAACUCUAAAAGGAAGUUCGAAAUCCGUUAUGUCUGGGUUCAAACCGGAGCUUCUUCCGGUUUACACAAAACUCGCUAACGAAUUCACGGUUUUCGAUAAAUGGUUCGCUUCGGUUCCCGCUUCAACUCAACCGAACCGGUUUUACGUUCAUUCCGCUACUUCUCACGGUGCUAUGAGUAACGUUAAGAAGAAUCUCAUCCAUGGUUUUCCUCAACGCACAAUUUUCGAUUCUCUUAACGAUAACGGUAUCAAUUUCGGUAUAUAUUACCAAAAUAUCCCUGCAACACUAUUUUUCAAAAGCUUGAGAAAAUUGAAGAACACUGUGAAGUUUCAUAGCUAUGGUUUGAAGUUUAAGACACAUGCUAUGAAAGGGAAGUUACCUAAUUAUGUGGUGGUUGAGCAGCGUUACUUCGAUAUCAAGUUAUCUCCGGCGAAUGAUGAUCAUCCUUCGCAUGAUGUGGCUGUUGGACAGAGAUUUGUGAAGGAAGUUUAUGAGAUAUUGAGGAAAAGUCCUCAGUGGAAAGAAAUGGCGAUUUUGAUUACUUAUGAUGAACAUGGUGGGUUUUAUGAUCAUGUUCCUACACCUGUUGAAGGUGUUCCUAAUCCUGAUGGGAUUAUUGGACCUGCUCCGUAUUAUUUUAGGUUUGAUAGGUUGGGUGUUCGUGUUCCGACUUUUCUUAUUUCUCCUUGGAUUGAUAAGGGUACAGUGAUUCAUAGACCUGAUGGUCCGACACCAUAUUCUCAAUAUGAGCAUUCAUCUAUUCCUGCCACAGUAAAGAAGCUUUUCAAUUUAAAAUCUAAUUUCUUGACGAAGAGAGAUGCAUGGGCUGGUACCUUCGAGAAAUACUUUUACAUCCGAGAUACUCCUCGUGAUGAUUGUCCAGAAACACUUCCGGAAGUCGAUACUGCUUUAAGGCCAUUUGGAGCAAAGGAAGAUUCAAGUCUGUCAGAAUUCCAAAUGGAACUGAUCCAGCUUGCAUCUCAGCUGAACGGCGAUUAUGUACUCAAUUCCUAUCCAAAUAUUGGGAAAAGAAUGACAGUGAAAGAAGCAAAUAGGUAUGCAGAAGAUGCAGUGAAGAGGUUUCUUGAAGCUGGAAAGGCUGCACUUAAAGCUGGUGCUAAUGAAUCUGCCAUUGUAACAAUGAGGCCUUCCCUUACUAGCAGAGUUCCUGUGGAAUCUUACUAAAUCUUUCACAACUCUGAGCUGUAAAUAUAGCAGUAGUAAUGUAGUAUAUAUAUUUAGCAAUUAGCUUGUUCCAUAUUAUAUUUAAGAAAGAUAUACUACUAAUGGUCUUGGUGAAAGUAUUUUCAGUUCAAGAACAAUUAAUCAGACAAUUGUUUAGUUAUGGUAAAAAUGACUGUUUGGUUAUCGACUUAAUCACCACCGUGUUGGAUUGUUCUUAAAUUGAAAUGAAUUUUACCAAUAAAUUUU